UGAUGUCUCCAACAAGCCAUGAUGAUGUGUAUGAUGGCAUGAUCACACAAUUGCCUCAUUACAUGUUUCUGCCCGAAUGUCUGAUGCAAAUAUAAUGGGUAAAAAGAUAAAAAAGGAAGUUGAGCCUCCUCCAAAGGAUGUGUUCGAUCCUUUGUCAGUUGAAAGCAAAAAAGCUGCAACAGUGGUACUGAUGCUCAGUUCUCCUGAAGAGGAAGUGCUAUAUAAAGCAUGUGAAGCUCUGUAUAGAUUUGCAUUAAAAGGUGAAGAAAACAAGCUGACACUUCUUGAACUUGGAGCAUUAGAACCUUUAUUUAAAUUAGUUACACAUGAAGAUCCCACUGUUCGCAGAAAUGCUACCAUGGUAGUCGGAAUCAUGGCAUCUCAUAAUGAUGUGAAGAAAUCUCUACGGCAGCUUGAUGUCACAAGUGCAUUCAUAGCUCGUCUGGCACCAGAAGAAGAUGUUGUCAUCCAUGAGUUUGCCAGUCUUUGUCUCGUACACAUGUCAGUUGAUUAUAACAGUAAAGUACAAAUUUUUGAGCAAGGUGGAUUAGAGCCUCUUAUCCGGCUGCUAGGAAGUCCUGAUCCUGAUGUUAAGAAGAAUUGUGUGGAAUGCAUCUAUAAUCUAGUGCAGGAUUUUCAAAGUCGUGCUGCAAUACGCGAAUUAAAUGUAAUUCCUCCUUUGUUGGAACUUCUGAAGUCUGACUACCCAGUUAUUCAGUUGUUAGCACUCAAAACUUUAGGUGUCAUUACCAUUGAUAGAGAAACAAGAGUGAUGUUAAGAGAAAAUCAAGGAUUAGAUCACCUUUUCAAGACAUUGGAAACUAAGGAAUUUAAUGACCUACAUGUAGAAGCUCUUGGAGUUGUGGCAAAUUGUCUUGAGGAUGUGGAUACAAUGCAACUGAUCCAGGAGACAGGGGGUCUCAGAAAGCUACUGGCCUUCACUGAAGUUUCCACUCUAACUGAGUUUCAGAAGAAUGCCGCAAAAGCUAUUGCUAAGGCAGCCGCUGAUGCUGAAAACAGAAAAAUCCUGAAUGAACAAGAAGUUGAAAAAUGUCUUAUCACUCUUUUGGGAACGGAUAACGAAGGAACCAAAAUAGCUGCUUCUCAAGCCAUCUCUGCUAUGUGUGAGAAUUUAGCUAGUAAACAAACCACUGGAGCUCUUGGAAUUCCCCAGCUUGUUCAGUUGCUAAGCAGCGAAAAUGAAGAGGUAAAGGAAGCUGCUGCUACAGCUCUGGUUAAUCUAACAACUGCCCAUCCUGCCAAUGCAAGCGCUGUUGCUGAAGCUGAAGCCAUUGAACCGCUAAUUAGUGUUCUAAGCUGUAAAAGAGACGGCGCCGUGGCUAGUGCUGCCUCUGUUCUCACAAACUUAGCCAUGCAGGAGCCAUUACGUCUCACCAUCCAAAGCCAUGGUUUUAUGACUGCCAUUGUAGAUCCACUGAAUUCCACUAACAGCAUUGUGCAGAGCAGAGCAGCUCUUGCUGUGGCUGCUAUGGGCUGUGAUGCUGAGGCCAGAACUGAGUUACGAAAUUCUGGUGGACUUGAACCUCUUGUUAAGCAUCUGCAUUCUAAGAAUGAUGAAGUACGAAGAAAUGCUUGUUGGGCUGUUAUGGUUUGUGCAAGUGAUGAAUUAACAGCAGCUGAAAUGACCAGGUUGGGUGCUUUAGAUAUUCUUGAUGAAAUUAACCUCUCUAUUGGUCGCAAAAAUAACUUCAGUGAAGCAGCAUUGGAAAAGAUACUUGAUCACAAUCUUCCACAAAAAUACAGUCAAAUGGGGUUUUUAGCAUCUACUAACAUAAUCUUGGAUGGAUUCUAUGACUAUGGGCAGGUGAAACCUGGUGAAAAACUAUUGUCACUGGAGGAACUCUGUGCUCAGGAGCUUAAUGAUCAUCGUGCUAUAAUUUUAAUAAAUGCUAAACUAUCAGAACUUGAACACCAAGCAAUUUCCAUAUCAGUCGAGGAAAAACCACAAGAGACCUCAGCCUCUCGAAUGGGGGUGCCUGCUAGCAAUACCAGGAAAUCUAGCAGAACUAAUUCAUUGGAUGAAAAACCAGAAUCUCCAGGACGGUCUUCUUCAAUCAGUAAAGGAAGCUCUAGAGAGAAAGGAUCAAGGAAGGGGAAAGGGAAAAAAGAAGAAGAAAAACCAAAAGAUGAGGACGUGGAACCAUCCGUACCUAAAGUAGUUGAAACUCCAGGAAAAGCUGUAUGGAUCCCCCCUUUUGACCCCAUCUUGUAUGAUUAUAUUACUGAGGUUUCUAGAACAAUUCUACCACUACCAACUAGCAAAGAGCAAGUGGUAGCUCUUGCACAGUUUGUUGCAGAUAGGUUGGGUGGUCCCAUUGAAAGAGAUAAUCUACAUGAAUUCAGCUGGGAGCUUCAUAUAAGUGAAAUUGAAUAUGAACUUAAAUGUAAUGUGAUACCAAUUGGGAAGAUCGGCAAGGGGACCUUCUACCACAGAGCUUUACUUUUCAAGGUUCUGGCAGACAGAAUUGCUAUUAAUUGCAGCCUUUACCGUGGUGAAUAUAAUAGAGGGUGGAAUGAGGUGAAAUUGGUUGAUGAUUCUCCUUUGGGAAUACCUGGACUUCUGCUUCCCCCUCAAGUAUUUAUUGUGGAUCUUAUGUACGAGCCAGGCUGUCUCAUGAAAGAAAAAAGUCCAGAGGCAGAUCGUUAUCGACGGAUUUGAUUAUAUAUUCUUAACUUUCUCUGUGUAUGUAUUUAUUGGCUUAUUAGCAUUUCAGUUUGCUUUGUUAAAAUCCUACAUAUAAGGCUUAUUUUCCAAGUUGGGAAUCUAUUCCCAGAAGCUGGGAGUUGGAGAAAGGUUCUGAGAAAGACAAAGUUGAUUAUAUUUGUAUUUUACAUUUUUAAAAGAAAUGACCACAUUGAUCCAUUUGGUAGGAUCACCAUAUCAAAACUGUAUAAUGAAUCUCAGGUCCUCUUGGGUGAAGGUGUGGAGAUCACCAAUAAUGUUCAGUUGCAUGUCCCUUAGUUUGGAAAGUUAGCUGAACACCCUUACUACUAACCUUCCAGAAAGUUGUUUAAGGCAUCAGAGGAUUGAGAAAUGGACCUGUGCACUUAUUUGUAUUUGUGCAUUUUGCACAUAAUUUACAAUAUUAUUAUAAUGUAUACAUUAUGUUUUUAACAGAUA